CCCAACAAUCCCAAGCCUUUAAUUUCAGAUUGGGAAAAAGCACAGUUUGUAAUAUCAUAAAAGAAACAUGUAGUGGAAUAUGGAAUUCUUUAUGUACCACAUACCUGAAGGCUCCAAAGUCUGAGCAUGAAUGGAAAGAGAUCGCAAAUGAAAUGUUUACUCAGUGGAAUUUUCCAAACUGCAUAGGUGCAUUGGAUGGAAAACACAUUGCAAUUGAAUGCCCUGCCAAUAGUGGAUCUAAUUUUUUUAAUUACAAAAAGUUUUAUAGUAUCGUAUUGAUGGCCAUGUGUGAUGCUAGGUACUGUUUUACAUUGGUGGAUAUUGGAAAUAAUGGAAGAGACAAUGAUGCACAAAUUUUCAAUAAUUCAGCAAUGGGCAAAGCUUUGUCAAAUAAUGAAUUAAAUGUUCCAUCCUGCAGUUCCAUUGUUGGCCAUACACUGCCUUAUGUUGUUGUAGCCGAUGAAAUCUUUGCACUCAAACCAUGGUUAAUGAAGCCAUAUGGUGGUAAAGGAUUACCACAAGAUAAAGAAAUAUUUAAUUACAGACUUAGUCGUUGCAGACGAACAAUAGAAAACAGUUUUGGCAUCCUUUCAGCAAGGUGGAGGAUUUUUCGCCGCCCAAUCAAAGCCAAGCCUGAAACAGUUGACUUGAUUAUAAAAGCAUGCUUAUGCCUGCAUAAUUAUUUACAGCUAACAUACAAUGCCCAUUACAUCCCAGCUGGUUUUGUAGAUGCUGAAGAUACUACAGGUAAUAUCGUACCUGGUAACUGGAGAAGCAUUACAUCAGGUGAUAAUGGUGCAAUGGAAGCAUUCUCAGUUGGAAGGGCAAAUAAUAGAUCUUCCUUUGAAGCUAUUGAAGUUAGAGAAAAUCAAGAAAUAUUUCAAAGCAAAGAGGGAUCCUUGUCUUGGCAAGUCACUUAUGUUAAUAGUUUUUAAAGUUAACUGACAUAUUGUUUGGAGUAUAGUCUAACCAUAAUCUGCACCACUAAUUUCAGGUUUCAUAUAAAUAAAAUUAUUAAGUUGUUAAUAGCCUUGUUAUUACAAUAGUUGACCACAUGGUUUUUAUUCACAGAUCAGUGAUAGUUAUUUGUAAAAAGCCAACCUCAUUGCAGCAUAAUUUAGCAUAGUUGUGUGUAUGCAAAUAAGCAUUUGAGUUAAAAUUUAUCCUAUCAACAUCUUUUUAUGCUUGAUGGCAAAUGAAAUUAUUUGCUCCAGGACUAUUGACUCCAAUGUUAUCUACAACAUUUACACUGCAUUGCAAGAUUUUAGACAUUGUAAAAUAUAUAUUUGAAACUAA